ACACGUGAAUGUCUGCUUCCAUAGUUCUUUGAAGAAUAUGAGGUUGGGAUUAACUUCACUUCAUCAGCGAAUCUGAUUCCGUCACUUUGUUCUUGCCCCUUUCUUCUUCUUCUUCAAUUCUUUUCUCUCUUAUAUUUGGUUUAAAAAUUUCAUUAGAAAUCGCAGAAAACUUUAGCUGGCUUUCAUAAGCAACAAAAAAUCAAAGGUGUAAUUCGUUCGAUUCACUUAAUUCGCACAAUUUCUGGGUUUCCUUGGUCCUACUUGAUCACAAUUAUCUUCCGAUCGAUGGGUCAAUUUUAUUAACUUCUAAAAAGUCAGCAUCUUUCUUUGUUGCUCUCCUGUCUUUGUAGCAAAGAUGAAACAGCUCUGUUCUUUGUUGUUCUUGUCUUGUCUCUAUCUUGGAUUGUUCGGAAAAGGAUAUUCUGGGAAACCAACAGUUGUUAAAAUCGGUUCAAUAUUCAGUUUCGAUUCGGUGAUCGGGAAAGUUGCUAAGAUUGCGAUUAAUGAGGCAGUGAAAGAUGUGAAUUCAAAUCCCGACAUCCUUCGAGGAACACAUCUUCAGGUUUCAAUGCAGAACUCCAAUUGCAGUGGUUUUAUGGGCAUGGUUGAAGCAUUGAGGUUUAUGGAGAAGGACAUAGUUGGAAUCAUAGGGCCUCAAUGUUCUGUAGUUGCUCAUAUGAUAUCUCAUAUGGCUAACCAACUACGUGUGCCUCUUCUCUCAUUUGCUGUAACGGAUCCUGUAAUGUCGCCACUCCAAUUCCCGUAUUUCAUUAGGACGAGUCAGAGCGAUUUAUACCAGAUGGAUGCUAUCGCUUCAAUUGUAGACUUCUACGGUUGGAAAGAAGUAAUAGCUGUGUUUGUGGAUGAUGAUUAUGGAAGGAAUGGUGUUGCUGCGCUUAACGAUAAGCUUGCAAGUAGGAGAUUGAGAAUCACUUACAAGGCGGGUUUACAUCCGGAUAAUGUGGCGAACAAGAAUGAGAUCAUGAACAUACUUAUUAAGAUCAUGUUGCUUCAGCCUAGAAUCAUUGUGAUUCAUGUCUACUCGGAAUUGGGUUUUGCGGUUUUUAAGGAGGCCAAGUAUCUUGGAAUGAUGGGAAAUGGAUAUGUUUGGAUUGCUACGGAUUGGCUUUCUACUACUCUUGACUCUUUGUCUCCGCUUCCCGCUGAGAGGCUGGAAACUAUUCAAGGUGUUCUUGUUCUACGUCCGCACACACCUGAUUCGAAUUUGAAGCGGGAGUUUUUCUCGAGGUGGCGUAAGAUACGUGGCGCUCCUUUGGCUCUUCACACAUAUGGUCUCUAUGCUUAUGAUUCGGUUCUGGUCUUAGCACGUGCUUUAGAUAAGUACUUCAAACACGGUGGGAAAAUAUCUUUUUCGAAUGACUCAAUGCUUGAUGCCGUGGGGAAAAGCGGAAACCUCAACUUAGAAGCAAUGACCGUCUUUGAUGGUGGAGAAACUCUGCUUAAAGAUAUCCUCAGAACGCAUAUGGUCGGUUUAACAGGACUGCUUCAGUUCACUCCAGAUAGGUCUCGGAUCCGCCCUGUUUAUGAUAUUAUAAAUGUGGCGGGAACUGGUGUUCGCCAAAUAGGCUACUGGUCGAAUCAUUCUGGUUUAUCAAUUGUGCCACCUGAGUCACUCUACACAAAUAAGCAACCAAAUAUGUCUUUUGGUACAACAAGUCCGAAACUAAGGCAUGUUAUUUGGCCAGGAGAAACGUUCCAAAAGCCACGCGGAUGGGUUUUCUCAAACAAUGGGAAAGAGCUCAAGAUUGGCGUGCCUCGUCGCAUCAGUUACAAGGAAUUUGUGUCACAGAUUCGUGGAACCGAAAAUAUGUUCAAAGGGUUCUGCAUAGAUGUUUUCACAGCUGCAGUGAACCUUUUACCUUACGCAGUCCCUGUCAAGUUUUUUCCUUAUGGAGAUGGAAAGGAGAAUCCGAGCUACACGCAUAUGGUUGAGAUGAUAACAACUGGUAAUUUCGAUGGGGUAGUGGGUGAUGUUGCCAUCGUAACAAACCGGACAAAGAUUGUAGAUUUUACACAACCGUAUGCAGCAUCUGGACUAGUUGUUGUUGCUCCCUUUAAGAAACUGAAUUCAGGAGCUUGGGCUUUUCUCCGACCUUUCAAUCGACUUAUGUGGGCAGUCACGGGUUGCUGCUUUCUCUUUGUCGGCAUUGUUGUUUGGAUCUUGGAGCAUAGGAUUAACGAUGAGUUCAGAGGCCCACCUAAGAGACAAUGCGUCACAAUCCUCUGGUUUAGCUUCUCAACCAUGUUUUUCGCGCAUAGAGAGAACACAGUUAGUACACUUGGGCGGUUGGUUCUGAUCAUAUGGCUAUUCGUUGUCCUAAUAAUCAACUCGAGCUACACGGCUAGUCUCACAUCGAUCUUGACGGUUCAGCAGCUCUCCUCGCCCAUCAAGGGCAUUGACAGCCUUAGAGAAAUGGAUGAACGGAUCGGGUACCAGGUGGGUUCAUUUGCAGAGCGUUAUUUGAGAGAUGAGCUCAACAUAUCAGAGUCACGGCUUGUUCCGCUUGGAUCACCUGAAGCCUAUGCCAAGGCUUUAAAAGAUGGACCACGCAAAGGAGGUGUUGCUGCAAUUGUGGAUGAGCGUCCCUAUGUCGAACUCUUCCUCUCCAGCAAUUGCGCCUAUAGGAUCGUCGGUCAGGAGUUCACCAAAAGUGGCUGGGGCUUUGCAUUUCCUAGAGACUCUCCUCUAGCAAUAGAUCUGUCAACAGCGAUCUUGGAGCUGGCAGAGAACGGAGAUCUGCAGAGGAUCCACGAUAAGUGGCUAAUGAAGAAUGCGUGCACUCUAGAGAACGCAGAGCUCGAAUCAGACAGGCUUCACCUGAAAAGCUUCUGGGGGCUGUUUCUCAUAUGCGGAGUUGCGUGUGUCCUCGCUCUCUUUCUCUACUUUGUUCAGAUCAUCCGUCAGCUCUAUAAUGCAAAACCCAGUGAGGAAAAUGAUGCCAUUGGGAGAGAGAAUUAUGACUCCUCCUCCUUGCGUUCUACUCGUCUGCAGAGAUUCUUGUCGCUCAUGGAUGAGAGAGAAGACGUUUCUAAGGCAGGAAGCAAGAAGAGAAAGAUCGAUGGAUCAGUGAACGAUACUUCGGGAUCAAGACAUUCACGAGGAUUCGACAGAGAAAAAAGCUUUAAUUCGGUAAACCCAUUAGAUUGAAAGGGUAGUUACCCGAGACUUAGAUAUAAUUUUACAACAUCAAAAGAUUCAAAACUGAUUAGUUUCAAAUUAUAUUCAAAUAAUGUUUUUCCUAAUUCUGUAAUGCUGAUCUUUUUUUUUUUCUUUCUUUUGAGCAAAACUGUAAUCCUAAUCUUAGGAGGAGGUUUUGAGUCCUUUAAAAGAAGUGUGGACGAGUUA